AUGGGUGAUAUUGAAGGCUCCCCAGGAAGCUCCAUGCAUGGAGUUACAGGCAGAGAGCCAGUUCUUGCCUUCUCCGUUGCAUCACCGGUGGUACCAACAGAUACCACGGCGAAGUUCGCAUUGCCGGUGGAUUCGGAACAUAAGGCUAAAGUGUUCAAGAUCUUGUCCUUUGCCAAUCCUCACAUGAGGACCUUCCACCUCUCCUGGAUCUCCUUUGCCACCUGUUUCGUCUCCACUUUCGCUGCUGCUCCACUUGUUCCGAUCAUUCGGGACAAUCUCAACCUAACAAAAGUGGACAUCGGAAACGCCGGAGUUGCGUCUGUCUCCGGCAGCAUCUUCUCCAGGCUUGUAAUGGGUGCAGUUUGUGACCUUCUUGGGCCGCGAUACGGGUGCGCCUUUCUCAUCAUGUUAAUGGCUCCUACUGUCUUCUGCAUGUCGUUCGUGUCGUCGGCAGCUGGAUAUAUCACCGUCCGGUUCAUGAUCGGGUUCUCUCUGGCGACAUUUGUCUCAUGCCAGUACUGGAUGAGUACGAUGUUUAAUAGUAAGAUCAUUGGACUUGUCAAUGGAACAGCUGCUGGAUGGGGUAACAUGGGUGGAGGAGCUACUCAGCUUCUGAUGCCAUUGUUAUAUGAUAUAAUCCGGCGAGCCGGUUCAACUCCACUUGCCAGAUGGAAACCUUAG